AUGCUCUGUUCGUACCAUCCGAUUCGCCUACCCUGGUUAUCAUCGGCCGUCCGAUCAGCUCGAUCAUUACCCCUCCCUCGUACAAGGCUAUUUUCGACCUCCCGUCCGAGAUACACCGUCGAUAUGGCGACGGUGGACACCUCCCAGCGCCUGGCAAGGUUGAGGCAAUUGAUGCAGGAGAAAGAGGUCGACGUCUACAUCGUUCCGUCGGAGGAUAGCCAUCAAUCGGAGUAUAUUGCACCAUGUGACGGUCGUCGAGAAUUCAUCUCGGGGUUCUCUGGAUCGGCGGGCACCGCCAUUGUGUCCAUGUCCAAGGCCGCCUUGGCUACCGAUGGUCGGUACUUCAACCAGGCUGCCAAACAGCUGGACAGCAAUUGGGAACUCUUGAAGCGAGGAGUUGAGGGGGUCCCCACCUGGCAAGAAUGGACGACCACGCAAGCCGAGGGUGGCAAGGUGGUGGGUGUCGAUUCGGCUUUGAUCACCGCCAGUGGCGCGCGGAGCCUCUCGGAGACUCUCAAGAAGACCGGUUCGUCGUUGGUGGGUGUUCAGCAGAACCUGGUCGAUCUGGUAUGGGCCAAGGAGCGACCCGCCCCUCCGAGGGAGAAGGUCUCGGUCCACCCCGAGAAAUUUGCCGGGAAAAGCUUCCAGGACAAGAUUGCCGAUUUGCGCAAGGAGCUCGAAUCCAAGAAAGCUGCCGGGUUCGUCGUUUCGAUGCUCGACGAGAUUGCCUGGCUGUUCAACCUCCGUGGCAAUGACAUCCCGUACAACCCGGUGUUCUUCUCAUAUGCCAUCAUCACACCCACGACCGCCGAAAUCUACGUUGACGAAGACAAGCUGACGCCGGAGGUGAAAGCCCAUCUUGGAAACGAUGUCACCAUCAAGCCGUACGACUCGAUCUACGCUGACGCCAAGGCCCUCGGCGAAGCGAGAAAACAAGAGUCGGGUGGCGCAGCCUCCAAAUUCCUCGUGUCGAACCGAACCUCGUGGGCUCUGAACCUGAGUCUCGGUGGGGAAGAGCAGGUUGAAGAGGUUCGCAGUCCGAUUGGUGACGCCAAGGCCGUCAAAAACGACGUGGAAUUGGCUGGUAUGCGCGCAUGCCACAUUCGUGACGGCGCGGCGUUGACGGAGUACUUUGCCUGGCUCGAGAACGAGUUGGUCAACAAAAAGACCACGCUGGAUGAGGUGGAUGCUGCCGAUAAGCUGGAGCAGAUCCGAUCGAAGCACGAUCUGUUUGCCGGCCUUUCCUUCGACACCAUCUCUUCUACCGGCCCCAACGGCGCUGUGAUCCACUACAAGCCCGAGAAGGGCGCCUGCGCGAUCAUCGACCCCAACGCGAUCUACCUCUGCGACUCUGGCGCUCAGUACUUUGAUGGCACCACGGAUGUGACUCGGACGUUUCACUUCGGCAAGCCUACGGACCUUGAGAAGAAGGCUUUUACUCUGGUCCUCAAGGGUUUCAUCGCGAUCGAUUCGGCUGUCUUCCCCAAGGGAACCAGCGGAUUUGCGAUCGACGCUCUUGCUCGUCAGUACUUGUGGAAGGAAGGACUUGACUACCUCCACGGCACCGGACACGGCAUUGGUUCUUUCUUGAAUGUGCACGAGGGACCUAUGGGCAUUGGCACCCGUGUCCAAUACACCGAGGUUCCAAUUGCCCCGGGCAAUGUCAUCUCUGACGAGCCUGGAUUCUACGAGGACGGCAAGUUCGGUAUCCGUAUUGAGAACGUCAUCAUGGCGCGUGAAGUGGAAACAACGCACAAGUUCGGUGACCGGCCGUGGUUGGGCUUCGAGCACGUUACGAUGACCCCCAUCGGCCGCAACCUGAUCGAACCGUCCCUUCUGAGUGACAGCGAAGUCCAAGGGGGCUACGCCAACGGAUACGGAUACUCCGACUCCAGUCGAUACGACCGCAGCGAUGGUGGAUACGGCGGCAGCAAUAACCUGGGCGUAAACGGAUACAGCGGCGGCGGCGGCGGCGGAGGAGGAGGCGGCGGCGGUGGUGGUGGGCGACAGCGCGAGGGGCGCGCAGGAGGCUACGGUGGCUUCUAUCCAGAGCCGUCGCAGCAACCGAGUCUGUCGCCGAGUCCGUCUCCGUCUCAGUCUCCGCCCGCCGACCCGCGACGGGAACGAUGGGAGAGGGAGAGGGAGUACUCGUCGUCGCGAUCGCGGACGCGAGAACCAGAGGCGAAUAGGAGGCAGAUGGGCUCGCGGGAUGGUUGGCAAGUUCCUCAACAAGGGCAACAGCAACAGCAACAGCAGCAAGUGCCACCACAGGUGCCGCAACUGGAUCCGGGCCUGUUGGAUCCCCGUGUUGCUCGUGACAGGAAUUUCAGUGCGGUUAGUGCGCUCGGGUCGCAGGCUGUUGAAGAUGUCAUCCAGUCGAUUCAGAAUGAGUGGGAUUUCAUGGCGUCUGAUGACUGUCUACCGGCCCAGGUAGCCUUGCAAUUGAUGGAUACAAGUACACUGGGGAAAGCGGAUCGAGAGGCCGACUUCCUCGACGUUCAUGAGCAGAUCCAAAAGACGCUGAAAGCGGUUGUCAAUGAACACCACCAGGGCUUCAAUAGCUCCAUUGGUACAUAUCACAAGAUUCAGUCGAGCAUCCAAAGCUCGCAGAGCCGAUUGCGGAAUCUGAAAUACGCGCUGGAAAAUUCCAAAUCUGGGUUGAUUGCGACCAAGCCCGAGCUCAAAGGACUGGCAACCUCGUCCCAGAACUACGAUGAUAUUAUCCAGCUAUUCAACCAGAUCCAAGAGAUUCAAUCGUUGCCGGAGAAGCUGGAAUCCCUUAUCUCAGACAAACGGUUUAUCUCCGCCGUCGAGGUGUUGCAUGAUGGUCUACGGCUGCUACGUCGAUCAGAGCUGGAAAACAUCGGCGCCCUGGCUGACAUUCGCGCGUACUUCGCAAACCAAGAGACAUCCCUUACCGACAUUCUGAUCGAAGAAUUGCAUGACCAUUUGUUCCUGAAAUCUCCCUACUGUGCGAACCGGUGGAAGCCCCCGGCCGCUGAUGGAGAACCUAAUCCGUCCAACCCCCCGAACUGGACUGGGACUACCACGUGGGAGAGGCCUGUCUACCGCUUUCUCGCGAAAAUGGACGGUUCCUCCCCGAUGGUGGAGGAUGCUUCUCGAAACCCAGAGGCAGACACAUUUUACUACAUCCAGCUUCUGAUCGAAUCGUUGAACAAUAUGGGACACCUGGACAUCGCAGUUGACAGGAUUGAGCAGCGACUGCCAGUUGAGCUGUUCACAGUGGUGGAUAAAACCAAUGCCGAAAUCGAUACGCGAUAUCCGAAUCUGACGCGUGGCCUGACCCCCCUAGAUAGCAAGACAAUGCCGACGGAGGUGAUCGAAAAGCGCGGCCACGUUUUGUCGGAGUUCCUGUGGACACUGUACGCAAAGUUCGAAGCCAUUGCCGAAGGACACCGUGUCGUUCACGACGUGGUUGCUGCGAUCAUGGAGCGCGAGGGAAUCCCCAAAAGCAGUUCCCUUGCGGGCGGUUUCAAAGAGGUCUGGAAGCUUUAUCAGAGCGAGAUUCGGUCUCUCAUGCACGACUACUUGGCCACCGAUGGCGAAACUUCGGUCCAGCCCUCGACCGACGACUACGACAACAUGCGUCAACUCUACUCUGGCAACAGGGACAAGAGCAAGAAAAUGUUCAAACUGUCCGACGCGGAUCGAACAACCCAGAUGAAAGCCGAGCAAGACGAACUAGACGAGAUCCUCAGAUCUUCCGUCCCCGGCUUAGUCUCCAAGUCCCGAGGGAAAAACACAUCCCACGAAGCGUCUGAUAAUCGGCAAGGGAACUCUGGCACGGGGCACAAGAUCCUCAUCGAGCCCAGUGUGUUCAACAUGAGCAUUCUACUUCCGCCUUCGCUUUCGUUCAUCCAGCGGCUCAAGGAAAUCGUGCCAAUGGACUCUGAUAUUGCGACGAGCUCGCUGACGUCGUUUUUGGAUGACUUCCUUGUUAAUGUCUUCCUUCCUCAGCUGGACGAGACUGUUACCGAUCUUUGCACGCUCUGUUUUAUUGAGGCGGAUGCGUUCACGGAGGAUGCCCAGUGGUCGACGGUGUCGCCGCGGCCAGUCUUCAAGGGAACUAUCAAGUUCAUGUCGAUCAUCAAGGAGUUCAGUAAAAUACUGUCCAGUAUCCCUCACGAUCAGGCUUUCUCGCAGCUUCUGAUCACCCAAAUCAUGACCUACUAUGAUAAGUGCUUCGGGUGGUACAAGGUGAUCGUGACCAAGCUUUCUCCACGGGAAAGUCGGACUGUUCGGCUCAAAGCGGCAGCGCAAUUCGCUGAUUCGGGGGAGAUCCACGAUGUGGUGCGCGACCUAUGGGAGGAGAAGGCCGCUAAUAAACAGAUUUCCAUCGAUACGGAAACCGACCUCCUCCUUCAACGCACCGAUGAGGUUCCUCUUGAACCAUUCGACAUAAUAUCGGACCCCAAGUCGGUAGUGUCUCUGUCACUCCUGUACAACAGCAUGCAAUGGCUCGCAAGCAACCUCGCGAAACUGCGCCAAAACCCAGACCCGCUAGCCGACCUUCAGUCCUCAGAUGUCAGGCCAAAACGUCGACGAUGGACCCUAAUCUGCGCCAUGAAGCCCAGACGCGACAGCAUCAACCAGCCCGUCUACCUGCCCCUCAACCAAGAAACGGCAAACGGAUUCGACAACACCCUCGAAUCCCUACGCAACCUCGCCUCGACGGCUCUCUUCGCGCUCCACAUCGACAUCCGCUGCGGUAUCAUCCACAUGCUAACGCGCACCAUGACGGGUCCCAACCCGCCCAACAUCCGCUACUCCGAGCCCUCGACGCCCUCCCCCGACCCCAACACAUCCUGGUGGCACAUCAUCGCCAGCCAGCCCACAGCGGCCUCACCAACCGUCCUCGAACUCAACAACGACCUCAUCUCCUUCGACACAAACAUCACCUCCUACCUCGGCUCGAAAGAAUCCUGGUUCAUCAAAUCCGGCCUCGCCCGCUUCAUCGACCAGACCUUCGUCUCCCGCACGCGCCACAUCGGCGCCAUGAACGAAAACGGCGCCCUCCGCCUCCAACUCGACGUCCUCGUCCUCCAACAAAACCUCAAAAACAUCAUCAUCGACCCCUCCCCCUCUUCCUCCUCCCCCCACCAAGCCGAAGUCAUCGCCCUCCCGCGCAGCGCCAAAUUCCUCGACUGGUUCCUCGAAGGCGCCGAACAGGCCCUCGACUACGCCAAAGAAGAGAAAGACGCCUUCGCGACCAACCCCGACGCGGCCCUCGCGGCCGGCAACGGCGAGCCUUUCAGCUACGAGGAGCUGAAGAUCCUGGUUGAUUUGUGCUUUUCGGAGACGCUGCGGGGCCCGCAUGGCGCGGAGAAUAGGGAGGAUUUCAUGGCGGCGAAGAAGGCUAGUGCGGAGGCGUUGUUGAGGUUGAAUGAGGUUAUGUGGGAUUCGAAGUGA